AUGCGGCUAAAUAGCUUCCGGCAUAGGUUCCAACGUCAUUCGGACAAUACCAGUACUCAAAGACCUCGCGCAGAUUCACAUAUCGUGAGCAAGCAAACAUGCGACGUGUCUACGGAGUUUGCUGCCACGACAGACGGUGAAGGUCAUACCCAAACGAAUCACAGUGCUAUUCGCAAAAGUCAUCCUGAACAAGCGUCUGCCCAUCAUUCGACUCGCGGUAACGACAUUGGCACCAUAAAUGUUUCCUCUGAUCUUUGGAGCGCUGCCUAUCGUGAGGCAAUCGACAGUUUUGGAGAUGACAUCGAUGUCGCUAUCCUCAUGGCCAGUAGCACCGCCCAGCUGCUAAAAGAACUUGAGGAGAUUGAGAAAGAUGCAACACAAGAGUCGGUCUUUCUUCGCGGUGUGGCAUAUUUGCACUCAAUACAAGUGCCACUCGAGAGAUUCAAGCUAGCGUUAGACCUCGCGUCCCCACUGAGCAAAUUUGAUCCCACUGCGACAACUGUUGUUGGUGUGGUCAGAAGCGUGACAGCGAUUGCCAUAAGCUUUGCAACCGCUGAUUUGCAGUUUGCGAAGCAGAUCGGGGAAAUGCUAGAACAAAUUUCCUACAUUGAUGAUUGUGAUACACUUGGCCAGCGAACAAAUAGAAUAGACAUUCACAAGGCACUCGUGUCUGUAUAUCGGAAAAUUCUCGAAUUUUACAAAGUCGCACACGAGAUUCUUACCAGGAGAGGAGCCAAGUUGGUGAUGAAGAUGGUUCUGGAGACUGACCGCUUGCCAAACAUCGUACAAGACUUCUUGAGACAUGCUGACAGUCUUCGAAAACUUGUAGAAAAAGCGACAUGGGAGAUCGUUGAAGACAUAAGGGCUAUGCUUUACGACAGUGAAAUUUCUAGGUGGCUAGGCAGUGACAAGCUGAGUCUGCAGAGCCAAUACCAUUCACUUUUACAAGAACUUCGAAACGAUGACGCCUGCGGGUUCUUGCUCAAACAUCCUGCCUUCAUCGGCUGGUAUCAGGCCUCCGAUUCCCAAUGGUUGGCGCUCCUUGGUGAUAUGGGCUGUGGGAAAACGGUCACCAUGGCAUUUCUUGUGGACGAGCUGAGUCGAAGAAAUGAGUACCAAAUACCUAAACCCAAGACAUGCUACUACUAUUGCCGAGACGACCAGGCUGGCCAGGCUAACCACAUGUUCUCUACACUGAUCCUAGCGCUACUUGAACAGCUCUCCGGUCUCAAAAAAACGUUCUUUGAAUGGUAUAAGCAGAAUCAGGCUUCCGGAAUCUUUGAGCCAGCGACAAAUCCAAGAAAACUAGGAGAAUUCCUUGAAACGGUGCUAGGAACUCUCGAUCGCCCAGUCUUCAUCGUUAUUGAUGGCCUGGAUGAGUGCAACAGAGCAUCACGCAAAGCUCUUUUCAAAUUGUUGAGGAGCCUAUCGCAGAAGACUCCGAGGCUCAAAAUCAUACUUUCUUCCCGGCCCGAAGAGGAGAUUUUAAAGCAGCUAGACACAGUGGCUAGGAUUGACCUUAGUUCCGACGCUCACAGAGAUGCCCUCAUCGUUCGACACACAGUUGAGAUGCAACUGCCUUAUUUGUCCGAAGAUGUCAAAACACUGACAAUAAAGGAAUUAUCUCGUUUGGCCCAAGGAAGUGCCAUAUGGACGAAGAUGGUAGUAGAGCUCAUUGAAGUUCGCAGGAUCACAGCGCUUGGGCCGAUGCGACUUUUCUUGAAGGAAAUGCCUUUACCCGAGCAGCUCUCAAAGCUCUACGCCACCGUGAUUUCACGAUAUUCUUCAGAUGACACCGAGAAUAAGGAGCUUGUCGCUACAGCUUUGAAGCUUCUCGCUGCCGCGUGGAGACCUCUUAGCAUACAAGAACUCGCCUGGGCCGUGGCAUUGGCUGCAGCUCGACAUGAGAUCACUACCGUCGCUGCUCUCGCCCAGCUGGUAGACCAUGAAAGAGUGAUCAGUCUGAUCCAUCCCUUCAUUACUCGUUUGGAUUACAGUGAUGUCAGAAAGCGUCAAGUUCGACUUGUACACCAGUCAGUGAAGGAGUUCAUCAUCCGAGAAUGGCCUCGUCUGCAAGAUCCGUCAACAGCACUUGAUCGGACGGAUACACAUCUACGAAUUGAGAGUUCAGAGGCAUAUAUCUUAGAUGUCUGUAUCAAUUACCUUCUAUUAGAUGAAAUCGGCAGCGUUCAUCUAUUUUCCGAAGAGCAAGUUGCAAUCAAUGAGCUGCCCCAAGAAUUCGACUUGUUCGAGGACACAGAAUCAUUCGAGUACGAUCCAUAUUGCACAUGGGAGGCGUGGGAAGAGAACAUGAUACGCUAUGAUCCGAACGAGCGAGGCUUCGGUCAGUUUUUCGUAUACGCAGCGAGCCAUUGGAUCAAGCACUUCGGCGCCGUCCAGGCCGGAGUUCUGCCACAAUUGGCAAAGAUAGAGAGCCUAUGCCAAGCAGGCUCAAUUCGACUUGACAAUUGGAUCAAUCAAAACUGCCGUCCAGACUGCGCUAUGAAGGCGAGGUUUGAAUUCGACAGUCGCUUGUAUGAUCCUCUCAGCAUCACUUCGCUCUACGGCUCAGAGGCCAUGCUCCGCAAUAUGCUCAAGAACUCGAAUUUCGACAAGAACCAGUUUCUUCCUUUGUCGGUUUUCAAUGCUGCUCACCAAAUUUUUCAGUGGGGCGACUUGUCUAGGCUCCAGAUACUCUUCUCAGAAGGCAAAUUCAGUGACCAGCUUCGGAAUCUGGAUUUCUUCCGACUCAUCGUAAGACAAUGGUCUGAUUAUGGUGCGCGCCAUGAUAAUUGGAACGUGGCUUUUGAACUUGUCGAUUAUGCGUUGGACUCACUCGUUGAGAAGCAAUGGGGCCGUGAAAUUCUUUGCAUAGCUGCUCGCGCUGGCUGCAUGCCGAUGAUCCAGCAUUUGCUUGGCAGGGCUCAACACAAGCCCGAGCUCCGGACUGAAUUGUUACGUGGCUUUCAAUCAAUCGGAGAGGCUAUAUUGGGAAACCACACUGAUGUGGUAGAGUAUUUGCUAGAGCAGGAAGGAUUCGAAGCACAUCUCCGGUAUGUCAAUUCCCGUGGUGAGACUGUCCUGCAUCUAGCAUCGAAAACCUGCAACCCAGCGAUUUUCCGCCUUCUGGUACCCCGCCUACAAGAGAGCGUGCACCAGACGGAUAACCAGGGAGACACAGCCCUCAUGUGGAUCAUUAAGAGCCACUUUGAUUCGAAAUCUCGGUACGAGUCGGCAAGAAUACUGCUCCUUUCGCAGGCUGAUGCCGUUUGGGAUAGUCACUUUUGGGACGAGCGGCAUGAUCCUUUGCAGAUGGCUGUCAGACUGGGGGACACGGGCAUGUGCCGCCUUUUGAUAUGUGAUGGCAAAAUGAAUCCGCACUCAGCUUUAAUACGUGGCAAGGACGGGCAGUUGGUGCUGAAGGAUAGACCUUGGAAGAACGACGAGAUUAUACUGCAGUUGCUACGAAGGCAUGCGUCCCGUAACUGA